GUACAUACUAUCUAAUCAGUGAGGGUAGUGGUCAGUUAGCAGUGCUAGCGCUUUCUCUCAGUGUCUGUUAUAACCGUUUUGUUAUAAAAAAAGGACCAACUCGAAAGUGUUCAUAGAAUUGUUAGAGAAACCUUCAGUUGGAAAUACAGAGCAAAUAUAACACAAUACGUUUUUUUUUUUUUGUUGUUAUAAAGUCAGCGAGCUAGUUAGCAAACCUUUAGCUUAGCCGGCUAACCUGGAAGAUUGAGUUAGCAGAAGAUAUUUCACAAGUGACAACACAGGGGAGAGGAGACAUGGGCUCCAGAGCAUCUUCACUUCUCAGAGAGGAGGAUAUCGAGGAAAUUAAAAAGGAAACGGGGUUCUCACACAGUCAGAUCACUCGCCUCUACAGCCGAUUUCACAGCCUGGACAAGGGCGAGAACGGAGCUCUCAGCCGUGAAGACUUCCAGAGAAUUCCAGAGCUGGCCAUCAACCCUCUUGGUGAUCGGAUAAUUAAUGCUUUCUUCUCAGAAGGAGAUGAUCAGGUGAACUUCCGAGGAUUCAUGAGGACCUUGGCGCACUUCCGGCCGGUCGAGGACAACGAGAAGAACAAGGAUCCCAACAUCGAGCCGCUCAACAGCAGGAAUAACAAACUGCUCUUUGCCUUCCGUCUCUACGACCUGGACCGAGAUGAUAAAAUCUCUCGAGAUGAGCUACUCCAGGUGCUGCGCAUGAUGGUGGGUGUUAAUAUUUCUGACGAGCAGUUAGGCAGCAUCGCAGACCGGACCAUUCAAGAAGCUGAUACCAACGGAGACCUGUGCAUCUCCUUCAACGAGUUUAUCAAGGUGCUGGAGAAAGUUGACGUUGAGCAGAAGAUGAGCAUUCGCUUCCUGCACUAAAGCGGCACUCCCUUCCCGCUGGACCGAACUCUGAUCCAACGGCGUUUGUGCCGCGUGGGACCCCCGCUGCCGGCCUGCCACAUUUCAGCCUUUUCAGCUCCGAUUACUCGUCUUAUGGGUCAUCAGUUUGUCUUUAAUUUCAUUUAUUCUGUCAAAUCAUCUCGCAAUCCCUCUCGCAUUGUUGUUUGGAUCAAAGAGAAUAUUCACGUGCCUUCAGUUGUCGACCCGGUGAACCCGACUGUAAUCUUAUUUAUUCUGGACAAUUCCUGGUUCAAACCCAGCUCGAUUAUUAUCGUUCCCAGCAAUAUAGCGUGCGUAGUGAUGGGGUAGUUUGAACACUUUUCGUGGGUUAACGUAUUCAGAGCCAAAUCUGUUGCUUUUAAUGUGAUGUGUGUGUCUUAAUCACCUUAACACAUUUCAAACAGAGCUUCAGUUCACCACUUUGCUCUACUGUCUUAUUUUUUUUAUAUAUAUAUUGUGUGCAAGCUCAGGAUAUGUUUUUGUGAACCUUUUGCACAUAUCCCAGAAGAACGAUAUGAAAGACGAUCAGCAAAGGAAGUAUUGCGAUAAAGGCUUAUUAUGGCUUUUCUCUGACAAUUUGUCUGAACAUUUCCUGAAAGCAUUCCAAAGCUUUUUGCUGGUUAUUAAAACAACAUGGUACAUUUACUAGAGCUGACUGAUAGGACUACAACCUGACAUUAAUAAAUUAAUUCAUAUUUUUCUGCUCGGGUUAUAAUCCCAUCUGUCAGCUCUAAAUAACAGUGUUGGUAAUUUAGUCACACAGUAGCAUCAACAGCAGUGUUUGAUGGCCUUCUGAUUUAUAGAGCUGUAUAUAUACACUUUAGCUAAAGUUUCUUACUUUAGCAAUACAUCAACGUUCAGUAGGCUGCACUGUCUAAGCCUUCAACCAAAACAACGCUGGUAGUGUGUGUUAUUUCUUUAACUGCCUCAUGAUCAAAUCAUUUUUAUUGCAUACACUACCUGCUUUAGUGAAGAUAAACUCACAUCACUACUGAUUAUAAGAAAUCUGUUUGUCGUAUGUUAUUUCAGCAGUGCUAGCUGAUUCUCUAUUCAUGUGAAUGUCAGUUUAAUGCUCUCUAAUAAUAAUUGUGAAUUUGUGAUUAAAAAUCAGGUUCAUUAUUUUACUACUCACUGGAAUAUGUAAAAAAUAUUUUCUGUCAGAUAUUAUUGGGGGAAAAAAGUAAGAAUGUGUGAUUUGGGUCAAAUAAAACUUCAAGUGCCAUAUUGAA